GGCUCCCCGGCCGCCGGCCUCGGGGCCCGCGCGCCCGCCCUCGGCCCUCCGCGCAGUCGGCGAGCGUGGGGACGCAGGGUCGCGCCGCGGCGGCCGGAGCGCAGAGCCCUGGCGUCCCGGUGCGCCGGCAGCCACAAUCCCGGGGCCGCGCGCUCCCGCCGCCUCUUACCCGCGCCACAGGGUCCUCCCCUUUGAGACGCCGCCCGCGCGCCGCCGAGGGGAGGGGGCAGCGCCAACAAAUUGAGGAGCUCGCCUGGCCUCGCUCAGGUCUCCGCUGCAAGCCGCCGCGCCCCGGACGGUGCUCCGCGCUCGCGCGCCGGCCUCCGAGAGCGAGCCGCCCUCCGCGGCCCGCGAGCGCCUGACUGCCGACCUCCACCGCCCGCCGCCGGGAGCCGCCGCCGCCCCGGGCGCGCCACCAUGGGGCCCCGGCUCGGCGUCUGGCUGCUGCUGCUGCCCGCAGCCCUUCUGCUCCACGAGGAGCGCAGCCGAGCCGCUGCGAAGGGUGGUGGAUGUGCUGGCUCCGGCUGUGGGAAAUGUGACUGCCAGGGAGUGAAGGGACAAAAGGGCGAAAGAGGCCUCCCAGGAUUACAAGGUGUCAUUGGAUUUCCAGGAAUGCAAGGACCUGAGGGGCCACAGGGACCACCUGGACAGAAGGGUGAUGCUGGAGAACCAGGACUGCCAGGAACAAAAGGGACAAGAGGAACCCCAGGAGUAUCCGGUUACCCUGGAAACCCAGGACUUCCUGGUAUUCCUGGGCAAGACGGUCCCCCAGGUCCCCGUGGUAUCCCAGGAUGCAAUGGGACAAAGGGUGAACGAGGGCCCCUGGGACCUCCUGGUUUGCCUGGAUUCGCUGGAAAUCCUGGACCACCAGGGUUACCCGGAAUGAAGGGGGAUCCUGGUGAAAUACUUGGCCACGUGCCCGGGACGCUGCUGAAAGGUGAAAGAGGAUUUCCCGGACCCCCAGGAAUACCAGGUUCACCAGGAUUCCCAGGGAUGCAAGGUCCCAUAGGCCCUCCAGGAUAUGCCGGACCACCAGGUCCCCCAGGCCCUCCUGGCCCUCCAGGUGAAAAGGGACAAAUGGGUUUAAGUUUUCAAGGACCAAAAGGUGACAAAGGCGACCAGGGCGUCAGUGGCCCUCCAGGAAUGCCAGGAGAGGCUCAAUAUAAAGAAAAAGGACAGUUUGCCACUAAAGGAGAGAAGGGUGAAAAAGGUGAACCUGGAUCUUAUGGAAUGCCAGGGUUUGGAGAGAAAGGGGAACCUGGAAAACCAGGACCCCGAGGAAAGCCUGGAAAAGAUGGUGAAAAAGGAGAAAAGGGGAGUCUAGGGUUUCCCGGCGACUCAGGGUUACCAGGACAACCAGGACAACCGGGCUUUAAGGGAGACAAAGGUGAAGCAGGUCCUCCAGGCCCACCUGGACUUGUGAUCGGCACAGGACCCUUGGGAGAAAAAGGCGAGCGGGGCUACCCCGGGUCUCCGGGUUUGAAAGGAGAGCCAGGCCCCAAAGGUUUCCCAGGACAACAAGGCCUGCCAGGCCCCCCAGGCAUCCCGAUACCUGGGCAGGCUGGUGCUCCCGGCUUCCCUGGUGAAAGAGGAGAAAAAGGUGACCAAGGAUAUCCAGGGGCGUCUUUGCCAGGACCAAGUGGAAGAGAUGGAUUCCCGGGCCCUCCUGGGCUCCCCGGACCUCCUGGACCACCAGGCUACGCAGAUGGACAAGUGGAAUGCCGGCCUGGACCAGUUGGUGAUCCGGGUCCUCCUGGAAUUCCAGGGCAACCAGGAUUGUUGGGUGAAGUUGGAGAGAAAGGUCAAAAAGGAGAGGGUUGCCUUGUCUGUGACAUAGAAGGACUUCGUGGACCCCCCGGGCCACAGGGGCCCCCAGGAGAUACAGGUUACCCGGGGCAGCCAGGGGCCAAGGGCGAGAAAGGUCUACCUGGCAGGGACGGUGUGGAAGGAUUGCCUGGCCCUCAAGGUUCACCUGGGCUGAUGGGCCAGCCAGGAGCCAAGGGAGAGCCUGGUGAGAUUUACUUCGACAUGCGACUCAAAGGUGACAAAGGAGACCCAGGUUUCCCAGGACAACCCGGCAUGCCAGGCAGAUCAGGGACUCCCGGAAGAGAUGGCCAUCCAGGUCUGCCCGGCCCCAAAGGCUCCCCGGGUUCGGCAGGAUUAAAAGGAGACCGUGGCCCCCCCGGAGGAGUUGGAUUUCCCGGCAGUCGUGGUGACAUCGGCCCUCCUGGGCCUCCAGGGUUUGGCCCAAGUGGCCCUGCUGGUGACAAAGGACAAGCAGGCUUUCCAGGAAAUCCUGGACCCCCAGGCCAGCCAGGUCUCAGGGGUGAAGCAGGACGAGUCAUGCCUUUACCUGGCCCCCCUGGAGCAGAUGGACUUCCGGGUUCCCCAGGUUUCCAAGGGCCCCAAGGUGACCGAGGUUUCCCUGGAACCCCAGGAAGGCCUGGCCUUCCAGGAGAGAAGGGCGCUGUCGGCCAGGCGGGAAUUGGAUUUCCAGGGCCUCCAGGCCCCAAAGGUGUUGAUGGCUUGCCCGGAGAUCUGGGACUUCCUGGGAAUCCAGGUCGCCCAGGAAUUAAUGGCUUCCCUGGCAACCCAGGUCCACCCGGCCAGAAGGGAGAGCCUGGGAUUGGCCUGCCAGGACUCAAAGGAGCGCCAGGUCUUCCAGGCAUUCCUGGCACACCUGGGGAGAAGGGGAACAUCGGGGGACCAGGCAUUCCUGGAGAGCAUGGAGCCAUCGGGCCCCCUGGCCUUCAGGGAAUCAGAGGUGACCCAGGACCUCCUGGAUUACCAGGUCCCAAAGGAGCUCCCGGAGUUCCUGGAAUUGGUCCCCCUGGAUUGAUGGGCCCCCCCGGAAGACAGGGACCACCAGGAUCCUCAGGCCCUCCUGGAGUGAAAGGAGAGAAGGGUUUCCCCGGAUUUCCAGGCCUGGACAUGCCGGGACCCAAAGGAGAUAAAGGCACUCAAGGGCUCCCCGGCCUAACUGGACAGUCGGGGCUUCCUGGUCCUCCUGGACAGCAGGGGACACCAGGACUUCCUGGGUUUCAAGGUCUCAAGGGAGAGAUGGGCGUCAUGGGGACCCCAGGGCAGCCUGGCUCUCCAGGACCAGCGGGCACGCCAGGAUUUCCGGGUGAAAAAGGGGACCAUGGCUUUCCGGGCUCUGUAGGACCCAGGGGAGACCCGGGUGUCAAGGGUGAAAAAGGAGCUGUCGGUCUCCCUGGCAAACCUGGGACCAUGGAUAAACUUGACAUGGACAGCAUGAAGGGUGAUAAGGGCGAUCCAGGAGAACGAGGACAAGUUGGCCCAAUUGGUGACAAAGGAUCUCGAGGAGACCCUGGGACCCCAGGAGUGCCUGGAAAGGAUGGCCAACCAGGGCAUCCUGGGCAGCCAGGACCUAAAGGUGAUCCAGGCAUUAGCGGAACCCCAGGUUCUCCAGGACUUCCUGGACCAAAAGGAUCAGUUGGUGGAAUGGGCCUGCCAGGAUCACCUGGAGAGAAAGGUGUGCCUGGAAUCCCCGGCUCACAGGGCGUCCCUGGCUUACCUGGAGAGAAAGGAGCCAAAGGGGAGAAGGGGCAGGCAGGCCGGCCUGGCAUUGGAAUUCCGGGACAGCCUGGGGAAAAGGGAGAUCAAGGGAUAGCAGGUUUUCCGGGAAGUCCUGGAGAGAAGGGAGAAAAAGGAAGCCUUGGGCUCCCAGGCAUGCCGGGGCCUCCAGGCCCCAAAGGAUCCCCAGGAAGUGUUGGCUAUCCAGGAAGCCCUGGGCUGCCUGGAGGAAAAGGUGACAAAGGCUUCCCGGGAUUGGAUGGUGUCCCUGGCGUCAAAGGAGAACCAGGUCUUCCUGGACAGCCUGGCGCGACAGGCCCCCCCGGCCCGAAAGGGGAACCCGGCAAUGAUGGAUUUCCAGGGUCGGCGGGAGAGAAGGGUGAACCAGGUAUACCCGGAAGAGGCGUCCCAGGGUUCCCAGGGUCCAAAGGAGAGAAAGGCUCAAAGGGUGAAGUGGGUUUCCCAGGAUUAGCUGGGAGCCCAGGAAUUCCUGGAUCCAAAGGAGAGAAAGGAUUCUCGGGUCCUCCGGGGCCACAAGGACAGCCAGGAUUGCCGGGAGCUCCGGGCCGCCCCAUGGAGGGGCCCAAAGGAGACCGGGGCCCACAGGGACAGCCUGGCCUGCCAGGGCCUCCGGGACCAAUGGGGCCUCCAGGGCUCCCUGGGAUUGAUGGACUGAAAGGUGACAGAGGAAACCCAGGCUGGCCAGGGACUCCUGGUCCUCCAGGACCCAAGGGAGACCCAGGAUUCCAAGGCAUGCCUGGGAUUGGUGGUACUCCAGGAAUCACAGGUGCUAAGGGUGAUAUGGGACCUCCAGGAGUUCCAGGUUUUCAAGGUCAGAAAGGUCUCCCUGGCCUUCAGGGAAUUAAAGGAGACCAAGGAGACCAAGGUUUCCCUGGAUCUAAAGGUCUUCCCGGUCCCCCUGGACCCCCGGGUCCCUACCAAAUUGUCAAAGGGGAGCCAGGGCUCCCUGGUCCUGAGGGUCCCGCCGGUAUGAAAGGGUUUCAGGGACCUCCAGGCCCCAAAGGACAGCAAGGUGUGACGGGAUCAGUGGGCAUACCUGGACCACCAGGUAGUCCCGGCUUUGAUGGUGCCCCUGGCCAGAAAGGAGAGAGGGGACCCUCUGGACCUCCUGGUCCAAGAGGGUUUCCAGGACCACCCGGCCCUGAUGGGUUGCCAGGAUCCAUGGGUCCCCCAGGCACCCCAUCCGUUGAUCAUGGCUUCCUUGUGACCAGGCACAGUCAAACAAUAGAUGAUCCGCAGUGUCCUCCCGGGACCAAAAUUCUUUACCAUGGGUACUCUUUGCUCUACGUGCAAGGCAAUGAAAGGGCCCACGGACAGGACUUAGGCACGGCCGGAAGCUGCCUGCGCAAGUUCAGUACCAUGCCCUUCCUGUUCUGCAACAUCAACAAUGUCUGCAACUUCGCCUCCCGAAAUGAUUAUUCCUACUGGUUGUCCACCCCGGAGCCCAUGCCAAUGUCCAUGGCACCCAUCGCCGGGGACAAUAUUAGACCAUUUAUUAGCAGGUGUGCGGUGUGUGAGGCGCCAGCCAUGGUGAUGGCUGUGCACAGCCAGACCAUUCAGAUCCCGCAGUGCCCCAACGGGUGGUCCUCACUCUGGAUUGGCUAUUCCUUUGUGAUGCACACCAGCGCUGGUGCCGAAGGUUCUGGCCAAGCCCUCGCAUCCCCCGGGUCCUGUCUGGAAGAGUUUAGAAGUGCGCCAUUCAUCGAGUGCCACGGCCGUGGGACUUGUAAUUACUAUGCAAAUGCUUACAGCUUUUGGCUUGCCACUAUAGAGAGAAAUGAGAUGUUCAAGAAGCCCACGCCGUCCACCUUGAAGGCUGGGGAGCUGCGCACGCACGUCAGCCGCUGCCAAGUCUGUAUGAGAAGAACAUAAUGAAGCCCAGCUCUCAGCUAACGUCACAACAUGGGUUGAAACACUAAUCACAAACUGAAUGACUUGACUUCAAAAGCAACAACCUUAAAAGGCCUUCAUUUGAUGAGUAUUCCUCAUUCUGCAGCCCAGUGUGAAAAACAGCUCCGUCAAAUCAAAGUAUCAGUGUUUGUACCUGUCAGCACAUUCAGGCGGCUUCCGUGUUUUUUUCCAAGCUGUGUUCAGACUUCAGCAGGGGAGCGGCUGGAUUGCAGGAGAGCAGAACCGGGCCACUAUGCCCGAAAUGACAUUUCACUAAAAGUCUCCAAAACGUUUUUAAGACUACUAAGGCCUUUGAUGUAAUUUCUUUAAAUGUGUAUUUCUUUAAAAAUUCAAAUUUGUAAUAAAACUAUUUGUAUAAAAAUUAAGCUUUUAUUAAUUUGUCGCCAGUAUUGCCACAGAAACAUGAAAAGGAACGUUUCUGCACUAAUAAAUUUGUAAGCUUUG